GCUCUCGACGGUGGAGUGAAGUGCACUGAUGGAGCGCGAGCGGCUUUAUUAUAACACACUGGGCGCGCGCGCACACUUUAAUUUCAAAGGGUGAAGUUGACGCAACCGCAGAUCCAAAGUCUAUAGAACGAGAGAACAUUAACCAGCCUUCAUUCUUUUUCGAGAGGGCAAGUGAGGAUUAGGAUGGUCAUCAGAGUGUAUAUCGCCUCUUCGUCCGGGUCUGUCGCGGUGAAAAAACACCAGCAAGCCAUCGUGGGAUUUUUGGAGGCCAACCGGAUCAGCUUUGAGGAGGUUGACAUCACUAUGCUGGAAGAUCAGAGGUUCUGGAUGUACCGGAACAUUCCUGAGGAGAAACGACCUAAAGAGGGCAAUCCUCUCCCCCCUCAGAUCUUCAAUGGAGAUGACUACUGUGGCGAUUAUGAAGAUUUUUUCCAGUCUAAAGAGACGAACACAGUGUUCUCAUUCCUUCGUGUGCCCUCUGUAAAGGACUCUGAAUCCUGAACCAUGUCAUUGACAUUUCCAUAGACUGAAACGCUGUGGUUUUGCCUCUUUCUCCUCUGAUGUAACUCUUGUCCCCUGGUCUGAAGCCCUCACUGCCAACAAUGCAUUCUGCCAAAACACUUGCUGCCCUCCGGCCCAGCUAUUCCUAAGAAACUUCUCUGUUCAAACACAUACACGGGGUGGUUACAAAUGUUUUCUAUGGCCUAAUUAAUUAUUUAUAAGUCUUGUUUGGUUUCAUUUGUUGUACGUGUUGCAUGAAAAGCCUAUUUUUCUUUUUUAAAUUGGAUAUAAGGAUGGAAGUGGACUUUGUGUGUGUGUAAGACAUCACAAGUGUGCAAGGUUGCAUGUACAAGUGGUCGUUCUUUGUUAAGGAGCUCAGACAGAUGGCCAAAAGGAAAUGUAGGGAUACAACAAAAGAAUCCGGUAAAAUGUUUUCUUUUCCAUAGACUUUGAUCUGUUUGUGAAAAGAAUUUCAGACCAGAAGCCAAAACAGGAAAUAGAAUCCUGACCUGCAUUAAGAUCUCAGUGUAACAGUACUGAUCUGAGCUCAGUGUUUCCAUGCCCCGCAAUGGCUUUUCAGGGCUUCUCUGAGUAAAACUGUUCCUGAAUCAGUAUUUGAAUACUUUAUGAUUUAUUAUCCGAAUUUCAGAUCUCAUUCCUAGACUUUUGUUCCUUCAGGUGGAAAAAAAGAACUCAUGUCUUGUUUGAGGUUAUCCAAGUCUUUCCUCUUUAAUUGUCUGAUAAUGUGUGUUUUUCUUCUCAGGGGUGUAGUAGCAUGUAUAACACUGUGAUGCCUCAACUAUCAGCUCACCCGUUCAUGUAGUUUAUAUAUUCCCCUAUAUCAUACAGUGCUGGGGAGAACAUUGGUUUACUUGUUUUUGUGGAACUCGCUUGGGCAAACUACUGCCAUUCUCCUCCGAAACCCCCCAAAACAAAACACAGACACUUUCCCAUACCUACUUCUCUGCAUUUUCAUUUACUAUUCAUUAUGAUGUUCACUUCUUGCUCUGCUCCUCCCACCCUGUCAUUAAAUGAUUCCACAUGAAUGAGCACUCUGCAUUUAUGUUUACGCAGACAUACACACACCAUUCUCAGGACACAAUUACGUUUUAUGCCCAUUUUGUCUUAUGUAUACACACACAUUCUGGUAUUCCUUUAUAUAUACUGUUACUGUUGUUUACUUUCAUAACCUAAAUGGAUCUAAUUUGUAAUAAAGUAGCCUAUAUUCAAAACCUGA